CAAGGAAGGCAACAUCCUGGAUGGCAUGCCAGUUCAUCACUGGCCACAAUUGCACACACACACAGUUUAGGAAAGAACAGGAAAGACAGGAAGAACCCCCAACUCCAAAGACAUGAUGCAAACAUGCAAAUCCCUAAACCACUGUGUCUCCCAAUCUGCUGCUUGUCUGAACCUAAAACAUAAAAAAGAGGCAUGUAGUGGGCACCAUGCACACAUACUGUGUACACCCCUUGGAGGCAAUUUACUGUAGUCAGUCAAACUAUGGGUGGCUUUUUGGGAAAAGCAGAAAUUCUUGUGGGGAAAACAUGCAAAACACCAUACAGACAGUUACCCAAGGUCAGGAUUCAACUUAUAACUGGGGAUCUUGGAAAUAUCAAGUGGCAAUCCUACCCACAUUGUGCUGGAAAAAAAGUUAUGUAUGAAACAGUUAAGUUUACAGAGGAAACCAGAUCUGUCUGUUAUUGUGGUUAGCCUCGGUCCAAAUCCACACCCACACCACGUAUUCAUUCCUGCUUCAGGAGAAACGAAACUAGCGAGGCUGGCACUUGCAAAAUUGUCUUCUUCUACCAAUAUGGAUGAAAAGACAGUAAAGUCUGCCCAUCUCAGCUACACCGCACCCUCAGAUGUGGAGUGUGAUGUGUGCACGGGAAGGAAACGUAAAGCAGAACAGUCCUGUAUGGAGUGUAUGGCUUCAUUCUGUAAAAAUCAUCUAGAUCUGCAUAACAUUUUGCAUGUGGGGAAGAGACGCAAGCUGGUGGAAACUACGGGAAGCCUCAAAGACAGCAUCUGCCCCAAGCACAACAAACUCAUGGAGAUUUUCUGUCGCAAAGAUCAGCAGUGCAUAUGUAACCUGUGCAUUACUAACAAACACAAAAACCAUGAUGUCGUCUUGAUUGGGGAGGAGGUGCCUGAGAAAAAGAUUAAACUUGGGAAAAUGCAAAGACAGACAGCUAAAAUGAUUCAGACCCGGGAGAAAGAGGAGCAAGCUUUAAAACAAACCAUUAAAUCAUUCAAGACAUCAGCAACAAAGGCAGUGGAGUUGAAUGAGAGAAGCUUUACAGAGCUGAUUCGCUCUAUUGAAAUGAGGCAGUGUGCAGUGAAGGAGAUGAUCUUGGCUCAGGAGGAGGCUGUGGUGAAGAAAGUUAAUACACUUUUACAGAGACUGGAACGGGAGAUCAGUGAUCUGAAGAGCAGAGAUGCUGAACUACAGCACCUGGAGCAGCUCUCUCAAGCUGAGAAUGAAGUCUAUUUUCUACAAAGUGCUUCUUGUGUUCGCCAGCUCUCAAAGUUGAUCCAGAUCCCAGCACUAUCAGUCCAUCCAUCCUGUCCAUUUCAGCUUAGCACUGAUGCUGUCUCAAAUCUUAUCAAAAAACUGCACUUAAUCUGCCAAUGGCGGUUCAUAACCAUUUCUGAAAGAGUAAAAAACACUGGCAUUGUAUCUGCACCACUACCAGAGACAUAUCAGGAGCUCUUAAAAUAUGCAAUCAAACUUACUCUGGAUACAAAUACAGUGCACGACAAUCUCCAACUGAGUAACAUGAACAAGGAACUGACCGCUGUCCAUACAUCAGCGGACUAUCCUUCCCACCCCGACAGAUUUGAAAGGCGGGUGCAGGCCUUAUGCAAAGAAGGUCUGCGUGGUUCACCACGUUAUUGGGAGGUGGAGUGCGGUACGAAAGGGUCAUGGGUUAAUAUCGCAGUCUCGUACAAAGGGAUAAAAAGGAAAGGGAAACAGGCCGCUCUGUUUGGCAGAUGCAAAAGCUCAUGGGCCUUACGCAACUAUGGGGGUAUAUACCAAUUCUGGCAUGACAAUAAGUGGCAGAAACCCCACCCUGACAGAUCUUUAGAUUGUACUAGAAUAGGGAUCUAUCUGGAUCAUGGAGCAGGGAUUUUAGCCUUUUACAAUGUCUCGGGUAACUUGAGCCUCAUCACUAAGGUCCAGACGAAGUUUACAGAGCCUGUAUAUGCUGGGUUUGGACUGGUAGGGAUAGGAUCUCACAUUCGACUAUGUGAUUUAUAAGAUUUAUAGUUAAAAUCAACCUCUUUCUCAUAAAGAAUGUCUUUGUUGCACUUCAGAUUUCAGUGUUACUCAAUGCGUAUUAUUACGGUUCUACUGGUUAACAUUUUUCUUUAUUGCAUUGUUAUGCAAUGGUUCUUUUAGAUAUAUAUUUCUUUAUUCUUAUUCUUUGCUGCUAUGUCUGCAUUAUAUGUUAUUUGUUUUUUUGGUGCUAUGAAAAACCUUUCAUGCCAACACAGUAAAUGUAAAACGAAGUGACAAACAAUAA